UCAUAAACAUAAAUUAUCUAGCAUAUGAAGUUUCAACUAUUCAAUGUUAUUUUAAUUGGAUAAAUAUUUGCCUUAUCCGACACAUAUUGGUGCUGCGUCGGACGUAUAUCCGUGUUCGACACAUAUUCGAUGUAUCGGUGAAACAUAGUAAGUACAUGAAUGAUAUAUAUCAUACCAAAAAGAAAAAAAAUAAAAGGUAAGUGCUUCUUAAUUAGUAAAGAAAAAAACAAGAAUAUAGAUUUAAAAGGAAGCAAGAAUGUGACCUCUCUUAACUCUCUUCUAUUUUUUCAAAACUUUCCACAAUUACACAUAAAAUUUAUUGUAUGAAUCAACUCUCAAAUAUUUAUUGUAUGGAUGAACUCUCAAAUAUUUAUUUAAAAAUUUAAACCAAACAUUAAUAUGCUACAUGAUAAAAAACUCACAAUGAAUAAAGGCAUGACCAAUUAAUUACGAAUUAUUACUCAUAUUUAGAUUUCAUUUGAGAAAUUUUUUUUUACUGUUUUUUAAAGAGAAAUUUAAAAAAUUUUAACUAAAAUAUUGAUUUAAGAAGUAAUAAAAAAAUCUUAAUAUGCUAAACCUUAAAAAUAUAAUAAAAAUUUAGAACAACUCUAUAUGUGAUGAUUCUAUUAUGAACCAAGGGUACCGUUCGGAAUAAUUGCUUCACAGAUCCCAUCAACAUUGAAUAGAGGAUGAGGCUCCAGUUCAUUUCUUCAUUGUCCCAUGCCAUGCUCCACAUGCACAGUUUGAUUGCUUAGGCAAAGGUCAAACGGUCAUGGAUUCUUGUAAUUAACUGCCCCAUCAUAAGGGCAUUUUGAAAUUUUGAUGGAUUUCUUAAGACAAAUGGGAUCAGUUAAAGCUCUUAUAGUCUGAAGGUUCCUUUUGAAGUCUUCCCUUCCCUCUUCAACAGUCUCAUAGCUAGCGUGUUACUUUCAUUUCGCAUUUUUUUUCUUCCUUUGAAAGAGAAGAAAUAUGCAGCAACCAGAAAAGACAGAGUUUUGGCAGGGAAAGAUCAUCUCUUCCUCCUCUUAGAAGUUUCCAGCGGCAAAAAAACUUCAGCUUUGGCUCCAAAUUUAUGCGCGCAAUUAGGGAUUUUUCAGAGGAUAGUUUGAGGGAAGAGUAGGAAUCAUGAGCUUGAAGAGUAGAGGAAUAGGAGGAGGAGGGGCUUCACCGAGGAGUAUGGUUUCCAAAAAAUGGACCUUUCUUCUUUGCCUUGGAAGCCUCUGCGCUGUGCUGCUCUUCACAAAUAGAAUGUGGACAAUGCCUGAACCAAAAGACAUCAUCAGGCGAACUGGAACAGAAGAGAUUAAGAUGAAUCUAGUUUCCAACGAUUGUAAUAUUAAGUCUAUUAAGAAACAAGAGUCCAAUGACAUGAUAGGUGAAGUUUCAAAAACCCACCAUGCCAUACAAACUCUGGAUAAAACAAUUUCAAAUUUAGAAAUGGAAUUAGCUGCUGCAAAAGCUGCACAUGAAUCAAUUCUUAAUGGUUCUCCAGCCUCAGAAGCUGCAAAACCUACUGAAUCUUUGAAGAAAAGAAAAUACUUGAUGGUUGUUGGAAUAAAUACAGCAUUUAGCAGUCGUAAGCGAAGAGAUUCAGUUCGCGCUACAUGGAUGCCACAAGGUGAAAAAAGAAAGAAGCUAGAGGAAGAAAAAGGCAUUGUCAUUCGAUUUGUUAUUGGUCACAGUGCCACCUCGGGUGGAAUUCUUGAUAAAGCUAUUGAAGCAGAGGAUAUGAAGCAUGGGGAUUUCAUGAGGCUGGAUCAUGUUGAAGGGUACCUUAAAUUAUCAGCCAAGACUAAAGCAUACUUUGUUACCGCCGUCUCUAUGUGGGAUGCUGAAUUUUAUGUAAAGGUUGAUGAUGACAUACAUGUAAAUAUAGGUAAGCCUAGUUCAUGUUGUGCACCUAAUAUAAUUAGUAUUGUUCAUACAGCAACAUCUAUUGAGGAUCUACAAGCUAUUAUAAUCCUAUAUUGGAUAUUCGAAAAACAUAUGGGUAUUGAAAUAUUAAAGUGGUUGGAUGAUAGGAAGGAGAUGCACUUUUCAUAGAAAUCAACAGAUAAAACAUGAAAAAUUGGGAAGAAUAAUGCCCCAAAAUAAUUUUUAUUGAAAGAACUUAAAAAAAAUACAAGAUACAAUUGGAUCUUCAAUUGGAGAGGAAGAUCCGGCUCUCCCAAAUCCCUAAUCGCCAGCUAGAGCACAAAUAAUACAAGAAUAAACUAAAUUUAGCAAAUUCCAAAACAUAAUCUUGAAAUCACCCUAUUAUUAGCCUUAAAUAGGCUUUCAUAAUUCCCUCCUAGCGGUGUCAAUAUUUGAUAU